AUGACGAUGACACUGGAGUUUGCAGACAAUGUCGCCUCCGAGAAGCUCGCGACUCCACAGGCCAGCAACAAGGACCGAGCUCGCUAUGAGCUGCAGUUCUACAAGACUCGCCAGUGCUCGUUCUUCGAGAAGGGCAAGUGCAAUCGGGGCAGCAACUGCAAGUAUGCACAUGGCAUUACUGAGUUGCAAGCACGUCCCGAUCUCUCAUUCACAUCGCUUUGCCGUAAGUUCGCAACCACCGGUGUCUGCGACGAUCCUGCGUGCUCCUUCGCUCACAACCCGGAGCAGCUCCGCGCGACCAAGAAGUUCUUCAAGACAUCGCUGUGCAAGUUCCACCUGAACGGGCGUUGCCGACUGGGUGAGGAGUGCCGGCACGCCCAUGGUGAACACGAGCUUCUGCAAGCUCCACAGCCUGCCCAGAAGGUCGCAAUCGCCGCACCCCCAGGGCUCGCGGAGCCUGACGUGGAAGCCCAACCAGGCUUCGACUUGAGCCAGAGCUACGCAGCGUCUCUCUUGUUGAACGCUGCAGCUGCAGGUGGGAACUUCGGACAAAGUGGUUACACUGGCACUACGAAAGGACGGCAAGGCAAUUGGCCGAUGCCAUCCCUGGCGCAGAAGGAAAUGACUCUGCAGUCUGACCGCGGGCCUGCCUUCAUUUCUCUCAGCCCUCUGAUGCGACAGGAGGCAGCAGCCCAGAUGAAUCCGUUCUUGUCAGGAUCAGUUGAAUCAGUUGCCAAAAGCCUGGCCGUCCUUGGCCAGCCCUUCUGCGCGGCAUCGACAGCUGACAGCUUGCCCAUGUUUCAAGGACGAGUUCCUUCAUGGACUACAAUCAAUUACUCGAGUGCGAGCAGCAGCUCUAGCUUCGAGGACUUGGAUUUGGCCCAUUUGGACCAGGAUGCCACGCCUACUCACUUUGUAUGA